CCCACCUUUCUUCUCUCUCUCUCUCUGUGCCUCUUACCUGAGAAAAAGAAAUCAGAGUAGAAAAAUUUGAACAGACCCUCUUUGUAGCCAUAAAAAGGUUGUUCAAUCACUGCACCCCUCAUUGCACGAGUCCCUUUUUUUCCUCCAAUUUGACUUUCCUUUGGGGAUGAGAGUUACCACUCCUGUGUGCAGCAGCAAAAUAAAUCCUCCCAAAAGCUGAACUGUCUAUUUCCCUUUGAUUCAUUUGCAGAAUUCUCCCAAAUCUGCUGUCUCAGUCUCUCUACUACUUGCUUGGAUCGGUUCCCUAUGCAAGGUACCCACUCCUAGUCUCGUCUCUUUCUCUCUUUCUGCAUUGUUCCUGGCCUGCUAGCUACUUAAUUAAUUUAGUUUUUCUCUGGGAUUUCUUCUUUCUAUCUCCUUCCCUUCCUUCUCGAUGAUGCAAUUCUCUGAAACCUCACUUCAACCCCUCCACCAAAUUCCUCUGUUUUCUUCAACUUCUUCCAUGAACAAGAACCAGAUUAACCGGGCUCGGCCGUGGCCGGGGUUCCCCACCGCCAAAGGGUUGGGGAGCUUCGGUGAUGCUAAUUGUAUGGAACAGCUUUUGGUUCACUGCGCUAAUGCAAUAGAGAGCAACGACGCUACUCUGGCACAGCAAAUCCUCUGGGUCCUCAACAACAUUGCACCGCCAGAUGGAGAUUCCAAUCAGCGCCUCGCCUGUGCUUUUCUCCGCGCCCUCAUCGUCCGUGCUGCUAAAAGCGGCACUUGCAAUAAGCUACUCGCUGCCAUGGCCAACGCCCACUGCAAUCUGGCCGUUGACAAUCACAAAUUUUCCGUUGUCGAGCUGGCUAGCUUUGUCGACUUGACCCCCUGGCAUCGGUUCGGGUUCACCGCUGCAAAUGCUGCAAUUUUAGAAGCAGUGGAAGGGUACUCCGUCAUUCACAUAGUUGAUUUGAGCCUUACACAUUGCAUGCAAAUCCCUACACUGAUCGAAGCAAUCGCAAAUCGGGUGGAAGUACCGCCUCUACUCAAGCUGAAGCUGACAAUUGCUGGUGCCACCGAAGACAUCCCACCUAUGCUCGAUCUUUCCUACGAAGAGUUAGGUGCCAAGUUGGUUAACUUCGCUAGGUCUCGUAACAUCAUCUUGGAAUUCAGAGUACUCCCUUCGAGUUACACAGAUGGGUUCGCGUCCUUCAUCGAGCAGCUUCGAGUGCAACAUUUAGUAUAUGCAGAAAGUGGUGAAGCUCUUGUGGUAAAUUGUCACAUGAUGCUUCAUUACAUACCUGAGGAAACUCUUUCUUCUCCCAUUCCUAGCGCAGAUUCUAAUACUCUUUGCCCUUUUGAGUCUUCUACAUCGUCUCUCAGAACAAUGUUUCUCAAGGCACUUCGUGAAUUGGACCCAACAAUUGUUGUGUUAGUAGAUGAGGAUGCGGAUUUGACAUCUAAUAAUUUGGUGUGUAGGCUAAGGUCUGCAUUUAAUUAUCUAUGGAUACCAUAUGAUACUGUGGACACGUUUCUUCCGCGAGGGAGCAAGCAAAGGCAGUGGUAUGAAGCUGAUAUUUGCUGGAAGAUUGAGAAUGUGAUAGCUUAUGAGGGGAUGCAGAGGGUGGAGAGGCUGGAACCCAAGAGCCGGUGGGUGCAGCGGAUGAGGAAUGCCAAUUUCCGGGGACUGGGGUUCGGGGAGGAAGCAGUGGCAGAGGUGAAAGGCAUGCUUGAUGAGCAUGCAGCUGGGUGGGGACUGAAGAAGGAAGAGGAAGAUCAUCUUGUACUUACAUGGAAAGGACACAAUGUUGUAUUUGCUACUGCUUGGGCAUCGGCUUGAAGAAGCCUUUUGUUAUACUAGCUAGACCCAAUCUCUCUAAUUCUUGUCUUAGUUAGUAUGUUUCUACUUGACUAUUCUUUAGAGUUUAGAGAAUAGUAGAUAAAAGCCAAUUGAGUUGCCUUAAUGUAUUCCCUUGGUGAACAUUUUCAAACCUACAGAAGGGGUCUUUUGUGCCAAUGCCACAUUAAAGCAGCAAUUAGGUU